AUGUCUGCGCUUCGUCUUGUGUCUUCUGCGGCUCGGAGAUCGACAAAAACGUUUGCCACAGGCAGGCGCGGAUAUGCGGAGGCGGCGGACAAGAUCAAACUUUCUUUGGUCCUCCCUCACGAAUCCAUUUUCUCCUCUACAGAUGUCGUACAGGUGAACAUAUCCGCUGCCACCGGAGACAUGGGUAUCCUCGCGAACCAUGUACCAUCUAUUGAACCUCUCCGUCCGGGCGUCGUUGAGGUCAUCGAGUCCAGCAAUGCGUCAAAGAAGUGGUUUGUCUCCGGCGGUUUCGCCACGGUUCACCCCAACAACAAGUUGACCAUUAACGCCGUGGAGGCUGCGUCGUUGGACAGCUUCUCUGCUGAGGCUGUUCGCGCCAACCUCCAGGAGGCCUUGAAGGUUGCAGCAGGGAAUGGAUCGGAAGAGGACAAGAUGGAGGCGCGCAUAGAGGCGGAUGUGUACGAGGCGUUGCAGUACGCGUUGGCCUCGAAGUAA